AUGGGGUAUAACACAACUAACAAGACGGUGAUCCAAACUUUGAAGAAGAAGCUGGAAAAUGUCAAAGGGGCGUGGCCAUCAAAGUUACCGGAGGUGCUAUGGGCUUACAGAACCACAGCAAAAUCCAGUACCGGUGAAACACCUUUUUCCCUUAUAUAUGGGGAGGAGGCAUUGAUUUCGGUAGAAGUCGGAGCUCCCAGUCCGAGGUACGACUGGGCGCAAGAACAAUCCAAUGAUGAAGCAAUGCUGGUACAGUUGGAUUUACUGAAGGAACACAGAGACCUCGCGUAUGUCCAGAUGUUGUACAAAAGCAACAGAUGGAGCGUUAUUACAACCGUCAUACCAACCUCCGACAUUUCAAAAUCGGGGACUUGGUGCUACGGAAGGAUUACGUCGUCAGAUUAUGAGAGAGGCCUAUUAUUCCCGUUAUUCGAUUCAUCCAGGGACGAUGAAGAUGUGAAGAUUGAGCAUCAGAAGCCCGGUGGAUUAUUGCAGGCUAUUGAGAUUUCGACAUGGAAAUGGGAAGUCACCGAGCAAUUGCCAUAUGAAGAAGUUCCCAUUGCCAUUUUAGAUAGACAAGUUCGGAGAUUUAGGACUAAGGAUGUAGCUUCAGUUAAAGUUCUUUGGAGGAACAAAAAUAUGGAGGAGAUGACUUGGGAAGCUGAAGAAGAUAUGAAGUCUAGGCAUCCUCAUCUAUUUCCAGCUCCAAAACAGAUCCAAACUACAGCACAAUCGUCUUCAGUGCCACAGUUACAGGGGAGACUGCCGAAAUUUAUGUAG